AUGUCGGCGGCAGGAGCAGUGGAAGGCCAGUCCAACUGCAUUGCGACCGAUGCCCUCAAGACGCCUGUCUUUACGCGCCUGACAGGCAAGCGCAUUGUGCUGGCGAGCGGCAGCCCACGCCGCCUGGAUCUUCUGGCCUCGGUCGGCGUGCAUCCAGACGUCGUGCCGUCGCGUUUCCAGGAAGACUUGGCUAAAUCAGACUUUCACGAAGAUACACUGUACGAGUACCCCGUCGAUACAGCCACGCAUAAGGCCAAGGAGGUGUAUGAGCGCCUUGUGCGUGAGACGCCGGAACACCCGCCUGACUUGGUCAUCGCGGCGGACACGGUGAUUGUGUUCCAAAACGAGAUCCUGGAGAAGCCUAAAGACAAACGCGAUAACCUUCGUAUGCUCGCAGACAUGGCAGGCCACACCUGCCAGGUCAUUACCGGCGUAGCGCUGAUCCAUCCCAUCUUGCAAGCGCCUGGCUACAAAGUACACACAGUCUUUGAACGCACACGCGUGCACUUUGCGGAUACGCCCUACGAACUGCUGCAUGCGUACGUCGAUAGCGGAGAGGGACUGGAUCGGGCAGGCGGCUUUGCGAUUCAGGGCCGGGGCGCGCUGCUGAUCCAGUCGGUGGAAGGCGACUAUAACAAUGUCGUCGGCUUCCCCUUGUACAGCGUAUUCUCCCUGCUCCAUGACCUGGUCGAAAACGAAGAGCUGGACUUGGAAGGCACCGAUCUGUAG